AUGCCGAAAAAGUUCGCCACCGAGAAUCCAAAGGUGACGGCUGCCCGGGACCGGAAGGCCACUGCCAAGAAGGAUGAGGCUGAUAAAAAGGCCAAAGCCGCCGAGGACGCUAAAUGGGUAGAUGAUGAUAAAUUGGCGAAUCGCAAAAUGCAGCGGAAGGAGGAUGACGAAAAGAAGCGAGAGGAGGCUCUACGGCGAAAAGAGGAGAAUAGAAAGAUGGCCGAGGAGGAGAUGAGUAGUCUUGGAAACAAGAAACCGGCGGCGUCUUCGGCUCAGAAAGUCACAAGAGCUCAUAUCCACAUUCGCAAGGAAGAUGAGGAGCGUAUCAUGCGUGAGCUCGAGGAAAAGCGAAAACAAGAAGCGCAGAAGAUCGAGGUGGCCGGCGAGCUGGAAGAGAAUUUCAAUAAGCUGGAAAUCGAGGAGGGCGGAGCCAGAAACGUGGACGAGGCGUUGAGAGUGCUGGGCGAUGAGAAGGCUGUCGAGGAGGAUAAGCAUCCCGAGAAGCGCAUGAGAGCUGCGUAUUUGGCGUUCGAAGAAAAGCGCAUGGCCGAACUCAAAAUCAAGCAUCCCACAUUCCGUUUGUCUCAACUCAAGCAAGUGCUCAAGAAAGAGUGGCAAAAAUCGCCGGAAAAUCCGCUCAACGCCCGUAUUCUUGCACUUUCCAAGUGA